CCGCCUGGCGUCAUUGCGUCAUUUCCGACGCAGGCGCAAAGGGCCAUUAUCUGUCGCGUGUGCGGCCUCUCUUCCUCUACCGCCAUCAUGGGUCGCAUGCACGCUCCUGGAAAGGGCUUGUCCCAGUCAGCUCUGCCUUACAGGCGAAGUGUUCCCACUUGGCUGAAGCUCACGUCCGAUGAUGUGAAGGAGCAGAUCUUCAAGUUGGCCAAGAAGGGUCUGACCCCGUCUCAGAUCGGUGUGAUUCUGAGGGAUUCCCACGGUGUGGCCCAGGUUCGCUUCGUCACUGGCAACAAAAUCCUGAGGAUCCUCAAGUCCAAGGGUCUGGCCCCCGACCUGCCUGAGGAUCUCUACCACCUGAUUAAGAAGGCUGUGGCUGUUAGGAAGCAUCUGGAGAGAAACAGAAAGGACAAGGAUGCCAAGUUCCGCCUGAUUCUCACCGAGAGCAGGAUCCACAGGCUGGCUCGUUACUACAAGACCAAGAGAGUACUGGCCCCCAACUGGAAGUAUGAGUCCUCUACAGCUUCUGCUCUGGUGGCAUAAAAUACACUUUGGAUAAAUAAAACAGUUUAAAUUGAA